GUUGGGUGUAGGACCACAUAUUAUUGACUGUUGAAAUACCCAGCUAGCAACUGUGGAUCCAAUGGAUUACCCUUUCCUGUUUGUCUGGUUGAUGUUGAGUACUGCUGGGUACACUGACGGUUCGCUCCAGUUAUCCACGUUUCCAGAAAGGCCAACGGAGGGGAACUCUUACACUCUGAUAUGCAGCAGCAGAACCAAUGCACGAGCCCUUGACUGGUUCUGGAAACAUGACCGUGUCAUAACAUCACGUUUCAUAUCAGACGCUCGGUGUAUAGCAGACAAUUUGAACAAUGUCGGUUACAACACUCGUGUGUCGGGGCGUGUCACUGUGACCUGUAGUCUCACCAAACAUAAUGUGUCUCUCAGAAUACACUCCGUCGUCGACCGUGGCUCUGUGUGGUGGUGUAGGAAUGCUGUAACUAAAGACACCAGCAACACCAUAACAAUAGAUCUGAACCAUCCAUCGACAGCUUCUGUAACAACAACACAAUUGUCACCACGAACAACUUCUCCAUCAGCAUCAACAACAACUUCGACGACAGCUCCAGAUGUCUUGCAUGUCGUCUACAUUGCUGUUGGAGUAGCAGCUGCUGUUGUUAGUGUCGUCAGCGUUCUGUGUGUACUGACAAGAAAGGAAUGGUGUCCGUUCAAGAAAGGCAACACAGAACAUACUGGAACCUGUGACAGGAACGCAUCCAUUCAUACCCACAGCAACAGCGAAAGCCCGGUGCUGCAAGACCACAGUGACCCUGACAAAGUAACUGUGGAAAAUGACAACCACGUGGAUGACACUUCCUUUGACUCUGACUCAACAGAAUGGUCUUCAGACAAAGAUCACGAGGACACAGCAGACAUUAACGCACCUCACGGAUACAGUACUUCAAAGAACUACGAGAACAUGGGGCACCAGUAUGAUGCAUUCACAAUACAGGAGCCAUACGUCAACACUGGGGAUUGGACGGAGAGUGACAGCUCAAGCUAUGUCACUUUAACCUAAGUCAGAGCGGUCGAGGAAUGCAGCUUUCUGCAAAACGGAGACACAAGUCACUACAUCACGGUACAGACCUUCACCAGACCCCUUGAUUCAAAAGACAAAACUCUCCAUUUUGCUCCAUUGUGCUGAGGAGAUAACUAGAAUUCCAAGUUGACAUUUGAACUUGAUGGCUGAGUAUGGUAAUGUUGAUCUAACACAGGUAAACUAACAAAACAAGUAUCUGUUAUCGAGACCAGAAAAUUGCUCAAAG